UCCCGGUGACGCGACACGGGUGGCUACGGGGUGGUGUUUUGGCGGUACGGCUGCGGGAAAGGAGCGGAGCUGCCGGGAAGCUGCUGCCGGGAAGCCGCGACUGCAUUGCCGGCGCCGCCUCGCCGCGGUGGCCGUGAUGCGCUCCGCUCGCGGGUCCCCGCUCCCGGGAACCCCGACCGCCGAGUCGGACGCUGCCGAGCAGACUGGAAUUCCUGUGCCAUGAAGAGUUUUGAAGACAGGCUUUCUUGAUAUACCCAGAAGAGGAUUGGAUGCCGGAAACUGGAGAUAUCAGUCAAAGGUAGCUUGUUAAAGACAGUUCUGUUGUUUCUUCUGAUGAUAAAAUUAAUAUAUGCCCUUUAAGCAACCUAGGCAAGCCUAGGGAAGAGAAUAGAGAUGAUCCAUUAUCUCACUACUCAGAAAUAACUAACCACUGUUAACAUUUUGGUUUUUCUCCUUCCAUUUUCUCCUCUCUAUGCAUGAUGUUAGGUUUUUCACUUAACCUAUCAUGAGUAUCUUUCCAUGUCAAUAAAUGUAGAUCUGUGUCAGCACCUCUAACAGUCACAUUGUAGUCCAUUGCAUACAUGGACCAUGUUUAAUUUAACCCGCCCCCCUGUAAGGCACAUUAGUUUAGAACAGUGUUUUGCUAUUAUACAUAAUACUGUGAUGAACAUCUUUAAUCCCCUACCCCUCACUUGCCCCUCCCUCCUUUCCUCUCCCCACUGGUAGCCACUUAGUUUGUUCUCUGUAUCUGUGAGUCUGGAGAAACUGAAUUUUUAAUUUAAAUUACUUUAGCCACAUGUGGCAAUGGCUACUGUAUGGAAUAGCGCAAGACUAGAUCAAGAAGGACCUCCUUUACCAUCCUAAGGAGUUAGGACUUUUUCCUGAGUGAGAGAGAAAAAUGGGGAGGUGGGGAGGUGUCAUGAUUACUGUUUGUUUUGGAAAGAUUACCCUAGUGUAUAAGUUUGUAACCCUUUUCGGUCCCAGAACUCUGAAACUUGACUCUUUGCCAGGCCCUUUCCUAGGGGCUGCCACGCCGGGAAUGCAGCCAAGCAGACCUAAAUCUGGCCCCUUGUGGGGCUGGCAUUCUGGAGGAGGAGAUACAUGAGCAAGAGAAAUGCAAACACACACACACACACACACACACACACACACACACACACACAGAGUGUGUUAGAGGACAGGAUAGGAGUAUGGAUUCACAUGCUUGAAUCCCAGCUCUUUUAUUUAUAUUCACCUUUUAUUAGCUGUGUGACCUCAGGCACAUUACUCAGCCUCCCUGCUUCAUCUGUAAAAUAUUAUGCAAAUAGUACCUACCUUGGUGGUCGAUAGGAGGAAUAGAUUAGUAUUUGCAAAGCAUUUCAGCAGGGCCUGGCACAUAAUAAGCACUAUAUAAGAAGUUCAUAAAGGGACUUCUCUGGUGGUCCAGCGGUUAAGACUCCGAGCUUCCACUGCAGAGGGCAUGGGUUCGAUCCCUGGUUGGGGAACCGGGAACCUGCAUGCAUGUGGUGUGGCAAAAAAAAAAAAAAAAAAAAAAAGUUAAUAAAUACGUGAAUGCUAAGGAGGAGAAAUAACCCAGGGAAGGGAGCUGGAUGGAGGGGAGAGCCUGCAGUUAUAGACUGGGUGGCCAGGGCGUGCCUUCCUGAGAAGGUGACAUUGAGUAAAGAUCUGAAGGGAGUGAAAAAAUAAGCCAUAUGGAUUAUUUCCAAGCAGAGGGAGCAGCACAUUCAGAGGCUCUGAGACCAGACAGUGCCUGGCGUGUGUGAAGACAGUGUGGACACCAGUGUGGCUGGAGUGAAGUGAGAAAGGGAGAGGGACGGUGAGGUCAGAGCAGUAACAGAUGUCCGGAUCCCGUAGGACGGGGAGUCAGGGUACAGCCUUUGACCUUUAUUUACUUGCAAGGGGAGCCGUUGGAGGAUUUCCAGCACAAGAUUAACAGGAUCCUGGACCCGAGCAGGGAUGGGGUGGAUGUCAGUUUCUGUUGAAGAAUCUGCCUGAAGCUAUGGGGUGAGGAACUGGAGAGCCUCUGGGUUGAGACUGCAGGGGGGAGACUGACAAGUUAGGCUGCUGUCCUGAUAGGCCACGUAAGAGUAAGAGAUUGCUAAGAAAAGGGACAGGCUUUAGAGGAACGGAGGUUAGAGAAAUGGAAGGACUCCGUAAGAAGUCGGCUCGGGAGGAUGAGGAGGAGGGAGGGGUCAGGCACGACUCCCUAGUUUCUGCUUGAGCAGUCGGUGGGGUUGAGACUGAGAGGAGGAGCGUGGGAGGAGAGGAUGAGGGCUACAGUGGAAGGGUUCAGCUUUAGAAAUGUUUCUCAUGGGCCCGUGCGAUGUUCAGAUGGGGGUGUUGGUAGGUGCUUGAAGAUACGUAUCUGUAGCUCAGAGGAGAAGCCUGGGGUGGAGAAAGAAAGUUCUGAGCUGUCGGAUCAUUGAAGCAGUAAGUGAAGUUGACCAGGAACAGAGAUUAGAGUUAGAAGAGAUUGGAGCCAAGACAGAGAACCUGGGGAACAGCAGACAGGAUGUGCAGAAACGCCGAGACGUGGAGGGUCCUGAGAAGGAAUCAUUCAAGAGCUAAGAAGCAGACUAGCGGAGACAGCUGUCGUGAGAGGCCUGGAAGAGGUACAUCGGUGCCACAAGACCAAGAAGGAGACCCAGGAUCACGCGUCCUUCGGAUCCGGCAGGUUGGAAGGAGGCCCCGGCCUCCUGUUCUCCUGUGAUUUGAGGUCUGGGAGCUGAAGGAGUGGCAGCCAUGGUGAAGGUGACAGAGCUCCCUCGGAACAUGGUGCCUUGCAUGGUACUUUGUACAUAAAAGAGCGAUCUAGUAGGUAUUUAUCAGCUGAAUGGAGAGUUCAGACUCCCAUUCGGUUAUUCAUUCUGCCUGCCUCCUACUCCCACCCCUAAUCUUCCUUAACAUUCAGCACCAUAAGGUGGUUAAGACCUGUUCGGUGACCUGUAUUUUGGCAUCACUGAUUCGCAUUUAGGUAAAAAUGCCAGACUGUUAUUAUCUCUUUUGAUUUAGGCCUAUGUCUCUGAUAGCAUGAAAUUAACUUCGAAGUGUGUUGCUCAAAAUAAACCGAGCUAAGAGCUCCGCUGCAAUGAUCACAGACCAGAUUACGUGUGCUUGGGCUUAAGCAGGCACUUGAUAAAGAACAUAGCGUCUCCUUGGCUUGUGCUGUCUUUGUGACUUUUGUCGCUUCCUGGAACAGGAGGGCUCUCGCACCAGGAGGCCUUCUGUAAUGGUGUGUGAGGACUGACUCCCAGGGCCUCGCCUGACCUCUGACCUGCCAGCAUGGGGAGGAUCGGCAUCUCCUGUCUUCUUCCGGCUUCCUGGCAUUUCAGCAUCUCUCCAGUGGGGUGUCCCCGAAUUCUGAACACCAACUUACGCCAGAUUCUCGUCAUUAGCGUUCUGGCUGCUGCUGUCUCACUUUUAUACUUUUCCGUUGUCAUAAUCCGAAAUAAGUAUGGGCGGCUCUCCAGAGAUAAGAAGUUUCAAAGGUACUUGGCACGAGUUACUGACAUUGAAGCUACAGACACCAAUAACCCCAAUGUGAACUACGGUAUCGUGGUGGACUGUGGGAGCAGCGGGUCUCGGAUAUUUGUUUAUUGCUGGCCAAGGCAUAACGGCAAUCCUCAUGAUCUGUUGGAUAUCAGGCAAAUGCGGGAUAAAAACCGAAAGCCUGUGGUUAUGAAAAUAAAACCCGGCAUUUCAGAGUUCGCUACCUCUCCAGAGAAAGUCAGUGAUUACAUUUCUCCGCUCUUGAACUUCGCUGCAGAGCAUGUACCACGGGCAAAACACAAAGAGACCCCUCUCUACAUUCUCUGCACAGCUGGAAUGAGAAUCCUCCCUGAAAGUCAACAGAAAGCCAUUCUAGAAGACCUUCUGACCGACAUCCCUGUGCACUUCGACUUUCUGUUUUCUGACUCUCAUGCAGAAGUAAUUUCAGGGAAACAAGAAGGUGUGUAUGCUUGGAUUGGCAUUAAUUUUGUCCUUGGACGAUUCGAGCAUAUUGAAGAUGAUGAUGAGGCAGUUGUGGAAGUUAACAUCCCUGGUAGCGAAAGCAGCAAAGCCAUUCUCCGUAAAAGAACAGCCGGUAUUCUCGACAUGGGAGGCGUCUCAACCCAGAUAGCAUACGAAGUCCCCAAAACUGAAGAAGUAGCUAAGAACUUACUGGCCGAAUUUAACUUGGGAUGUGACGUUCACCAAACUGAGCACGUGUACCGCGUCUACGUGGCCACGUUUCUUGGGUUUGGUGGCAAUGCUGCUCGACAGAGAUAUGAGGACAGAAUAUUUACCAGCACAGUUCAAAAGAACAGGCUCCUGGGGAAACAGACUGGGCUGACUCCUGAUACUCCGUACCUGGACCCCUGCCUACCCCUGGACAUUAAAGAUGAAAUCCAGCAGAAUGGACAGACACUGUACCUGCGGGGGACGGGAGCCUUUGACCUGUGCCGAGAGACCAUCCAGCCUUUCAUGAACAAAACAAACGAGACGCAGACCUCCCUCAAUGGGGUCUACCAGCCCCCGAUUCACUUCCAGAACAGUGAAUUCUACGGCUUUUCCGAAUUCUACUACUGCACUGAGGAUGUGCUACGGAUGGGGGGAGACUACAGCGCUGCCGCGUUUACGAGAGCUGCGAAGGAUUAUUGCGCAACGAAGUGGUCAAUCUUGCGGGAACGCUUUGACCGAGGACUGUAUGCCUCUCACGCCGACCUCCACAGGCUCAAGUAUCAGUGCUUCAAAUCCGCCUGGAUGUUUGAGGUGUUCCACAGGGGCUUCUCAUUUCCCGUCAACUACAAAAAUUUGAAGACAGCUUUGCAAGUGUACGACAAGGAGGUUCAGUGGACCCUCGGAGCAAUCCUCUACAGGACCCGCUUUUUACCCUUAAGAGAUAUCCAGCAGGAGACCUUCCGGGCCAGCCACGCGCACUGGCGGGGCUUCUCCUUUGUGUACAAUCACUACCUGUUCUCGGGCUGCUUCCUGGUGGUCCUGCUCGCCAUCCUCCUCUACCUGCUGCGGCUGCGGCGCAUUCACAGGCGGGCCCCGCGCAGUGGCUCGGCCGCCACCGUCUGGCUGGAGGACGGCCUUCCGUCCCAGAAGAUCGCCAGCACCUUAUGAACCGGAGUUCGAGCCCCAGAAAGACUCUAACGGAAAAGCCAUUUUCGCCUCAGGGUUUCUCCUCUUCAUUCUCAUUUGUUUUGUUUUUCCUUUCCCUUUUCGUUCCUUGAAACAAAACCAAAACCCACUGUUCCUAAACUCUGCUGUCCUAGAAGCAUUGCAUUUAGCCGUUCUGUGUCCAGCUUUAAGUUGCGGAAUAGGGAAAAGGGAACAUCACUUCAUUUUUGCUGCAUAGGAUACCUGCCAAAAAUUACUAAGAUUUUUGGUUGUUCUCUAAGGUAUAUUUGAUUUUAAACAGAUGCACUUUAAUAUUGGAGGGAAACGGCAGGCUUUUCUCUGUCAGGGGAGGUGGGACCGAGGGGUGACGCUUUCACAGAAGCAGAACACAUACCGACUGGACUGAUCAUCCCCUUUUUCUCUCUGUCUUGAAAGCGCUAACCUAAAGAGGGAGAUGUUUAGUUUUAUUUAUUGUUCAGGGCUGUUGCUGUGUGUUUUCUUUGCAGGUUAAAAAAAUCAGAACUGUUUCUAUCCAAAAUAGAGAGGUAUAGGCACCAAGAGGUAACAGUUUUUAAAAUUGAUAGUGAAGAGACCUGAAAAAUGUGAAAUGAUAACCAGAGCGCUGUGUGUGUGUGAGGGUGAGAGUGUGUGUGUGUGUGAGGGUGAGGGUGGUGUGUGUGAGAGUGAGAGUGUGUGCGCGUGUCUGUGUAUGAAACCCACUGAUGGGAGAGAGUGAGGGAGUGCAGUGCUCUCACUUUUAAAAGCACACGCUUCAGAAUGCACUGUUUCAUUUCAUUUAGAAGAAUCAUUCCCCGUUACUGUUACUUCUUCUGACCACAGGUAGUUACUUUCUUCAUGCCAUCUUUCAGCGGCCUUAGAACACUACGUUUCUGAGUUGGAAAAUUCAUAGUUCACUGGUUUCGGUGGUGUUAGAACUGGAGCUGGUGCUUGUCAACAGGCACAUCCUUAUUUCUCAGUAGCUCGUUUGUGCUUGUUUAAUUGUGCUCCGGUUUCUUCCAUCUUCAAGUCGUUAUCCCCCUGCCCUCGUAGUUCAGAGACCUAGCUUACUGUCGCAGUUGAGGCUGUGCUGGCAGGGCCACUGUAAAUCCAAAUGAAGAGAAGAACUGAACACGAGAAAUCAACUCACAUUCUGAAGAAAACACGUUUGACAUUUUAAACAAAAACCUAAAAAGGACAACUGGAUUGGCGUGUAUGAGAUUAGUGGGUUUUCACCUAUUCGUUUAGUUUAGAAGCUUUGGGAAUUCUCAUACAUAGUUUUUUAGGCGAUGUUCUGUGUGUGUGUGUGUGUGUGUGUGCGCGCGCGCGCACGCACAAGCUAUUUCUUAACUCCAGAACAGCUAGAUUCGUCUAGUUGGUAACAAAUGUAUAUUUCGAGAAUCAUCAACUGCUUUUUUAAAAAAUCAAUGAUGAGAGAAAGAAUUCAGGUACUGAAGCCCUUAUUUAAUUCAGAAAAAAUUUUUAGAUUUUCAUCUCGUCCAUUAAUUACUUAAAAAUGUGGCAUACAAGUAUAUUGAUGACUUAAAAGAUUACAGAUUUAUGAAAGAAAAGCAAAUCCUGUGAUUCUGCUCUUCAAAGUGAAUAUUCUAACAACGGACAAAUUAUUGGUAGAAAGUUUGCCUCUCAAAUAUAAAGAAGGUUAGGGGAGCUGUAUGGUGGUAUAGCAUCUGAUGUGUAGAGAGACUUGUUUCAGAGAGGGUGGAGACAGAUGUCUUUCGAAAAAUCCAGCUUCUGAAAUGCUGGUCUCCAGCUAUUUAAAUGCUUGGUCCCUGGUAAACACUGUUCGUUUUCAAGACGCAGCCACACUCGGGCUGUGUCAUGGGUACCCCAGGGGCAUAGUGAACUGGUGUGCUUCUCCUUGACUUCUUAAAGGAGGCUUGCCCUGCGGACUGUGGGUGGCAUUAGUGGUAAAGAAGUAAGUUUCCAUGUUAGCUUUUCUGCCGUCAGCUAUUUGGAGUAGUAAGGCCCUGACCUGCAGAAUGCCUAGAAUAGGUGAUUUGGCCUUUCAAAUCAAGGCAAGGGUAAGCUAGCAUAGGCAUAGAUCUAAAUAGGCCUAAAUUAAGACCUCCUACGAUAAAUAGCCACUUUUUAAAUAAAGGAUGCUAACCUGGUCCAGCUCUGUACCAUUUGGGGAGUGUAGUAGAGACCAGCAUGGAGGAUCCAAGCCUGAGCAUCCAACUGCAAGGACCUAACUCACUCUCCAAAAGAAGUCCCCAGAUUAGGGUUCCAAGGCCCAGCGGCCUUGUACUUUGCACAAUUCGGUGCCGUGUCCCGUGCCAAAGAACUCCCGGAGCAGGCCUGGCAAACUUGCCCACAGGGAAAAUCUAGGAGACCCUUGAGCUAAGAAUGGUUUUUCAAUUUUGAAAGGGUCAUUAAAGGAAAAAAAAGUGACGGAUACACAACAGAGACUGCACGUGUCCUGUAGAGCCUCAGAUAUUUACUAAGUGUCCCUUUACAGAAGACAUCUGCUGACCCUGCGUGGAGAGUCCCGUUCAAGACCAGAUAUACAGCCGCGUCCUCUUCAUUCAGGAAGGUAGUUACCACCCGUGAGCACAAAAAGAGGGGCAAGAGAAGUGACCAAACUUCAAUCUCAAAAUAGUUGUUUAUGCACCAGAAUUUCACUUACCUUUUCCUCUAGAUUCUUUUCAAGAUCGGUUUUCUAAUAAACCAAGUAGCAUACUCCUCCUUCCCCCCGCCCAAAUUUAAAACGUGCUGUUCAGGAGGGCUCACAGUGUUGUGUUGAGAUGUCUGCAGUCAUGAGAAGGGCUCAGUAGCUUCUCUCCACCCAGCACCAGGGAGGAGAAGACGGCCGGGAAGUUUCUCUCAGCGAUGCAGGCGCAGGCAGGGGUGAGAGGCAAGCACCGGAGGGGCUUAACUCAGGAAGCAAAGAAUAUCAAUUAAGGGCUGGCCAAGAAGGCCGUAAACUCUGAGCACUUUUAGCAACAGAAAGCAAGAGAAAUUGGACUGGUGGGAACUUGCUAAAAGCCUCUCAAAGAGCAAUGUUCUGUGUUAACUCUUGGUGGAAAGACUCCUCCAGUAAACACUUCUGUUCCAUCGUCAUAUCUGUGCUGCUCCUUUCUGAACCUCCAGAGGAUGGUCUCGAAGAUUUUACAAUCCAUUUCAAAGUACAGACUGAUUUGUACCUGUGGUUUCUGCCCAUUUUCACCCUAAACUGCUGGCUUUCUGCAGCACUCCCCACCUCGGGGGCUGGGGAGACGCUUGCUCUCCCAUCAUCACAGCUGUGCACCCAGGAGGGCAAGCGCUAGAUUACCCAGUGUUUAAAUUUGAAACUCAGGCCUACAUAGAAUACUUUUCCUUCUGAGAAGCAUGCACCACUUAGCAAGAAACUCCAACAGGCAAAUGUGUUUUCCAAGCUUUUAAGAAAAAUCAGCUUUAGAAUUUUGUGUGGUAACGUGCAAUGCAGCAAAACUACCUAUGAGUAAAUUAUUUAUUUAUUUCUAUUUCAGGGUUUUGUUUUUUUAUGAUUUUUAUUGAUCUUCCCCUUCCGUAAUGAAUGAUGUGACCAACCAAGGCGAGUUCUUUGUUCUGUUACUAAGAUGAUAUUUUACGUUUAGGAAUUAUACAGACUAAGGGAGCAUCUUUAAAUGUUUUUUAUUUAAGUGAUGUUUUCCAUUCAAAGAAUAAUUAUCUUCGGGAGAUGGUUGUGGUGUCUAUCACUUUCUAUAUUUGGCAACCUCACGUGGCCACACUCCACACGGAUGAGUGUCGAGAAUAAAAAGUUCAUUCGAUGGCCCGCA